AUCACUUUUCAAGUGUCACCCAACCAACCAAACCGCCGUCGAACGAUGUCUGAUUCCGCUGUUGUUGCCGCCGCUGUCGAGCCAAAGGUCCCAAAGGCUAAGGCCGCCAAGGCCGCCAAGCCAACCAAAGUUGCCAAGGCCAAGGCUCCAGUCGCUCACCCACCAUACAUCAACAUGAUCAAGGAGGCCAUCAAGCAGCUCAAGGACCGCAAAGGAGCUUCCAAGCAGGCAAUCCUCAAGUUCAUCUCCCAAAACUACAAGCUCGGAGACAAUGUCAUCCAGAUCAAUGCUCAUCUCCGUCAGGCUCUCAAGCGUGGUGUCACCAGCAAGGCCCUUGUUCAAGCCGCCGGAUCCGGAGCCAACGGACGUUUCCGUGUGCCAGAGAAGGCCGCCGCCGCCAAGAAGCCAGCAGCAGCCAAGAAGCCAGCAGCAGCCAAGAAACCAGCAGCCGCCAAGAAAGCCACUGGAGAGAAGAAGGCAAAGAAGCCAGCCGCUGCCAAGCCAAAGAAGGCCGCCACCGGAGAUAAGAAGGUCAAGAAGGCCAAGAGCCCAAAGAAGGUUGCCAAGCCAGCUGCCAAGAAGGUCGCCAAGUCUCCAGCCAAGAAGGCCGCUCCAAAGAAGAUCGCCAAGCCAGCUGCCAAGAAGGCCGCCAAGCCAGCCGCCAAGGCCUAAAUAAUCUGCCUUUUCCCCUUCUAAUAUGUUCCUACCUCUGUCUUCUAUCAUCUAACUUAUCGGAUCUCCUCAUUCCCAAUCCCCAAUGACACAUAGAACUACGCUAGUGUCCUAUGUUGUUUCCAAUUUCUUCCCUGUAAGUUCUCCGUGUUCUUACAAUCUUCAUGCUGGUAUAAUUAUUUAUCUCAUUCAUCAAAUUUGAUAAUUUGACGUUCAACGUCUUCAAUAAACAUUGUAAAAUUUAAAACUGU